AUGCGCCCACCGAUGCGUCCCGCGGAGGGCCGUGCAGCGCUCGCCGCGCCGCUCACUUGCCCACCGCAGCCAGCGACGACCGGACUGCAGCCGCUCGUGCAAUUGGGCCACGCUGGCGAGAGAGUGAGGAAACCUCCUUGGAAGACAACGCGUAUAAAGCCGCAAUCCGUCACGACGAUGAGCGCUGCGAUCACGACUCUCAUGCUGACAUUGCUCGGGCUGACUUUGGCUUCGUCAGCCGAAACGCGAGGCCACGUGGGGGGGCUUGCGGUCGAACCCGCAGCCCUGUCCCUGGGGAGCCGCAUCGGCGACUGGGGCGGAGCCGGAUUGGACGGAGCCGGAUUGGACGGAGCCGGAUUGGACGGAGCCGGAUUGGACGGAGCCGGAUUGGACGGAGCCGGAUGGGACGGAGCCGAAUGGGACGGAGCCGAAUGGGACGGAGCCGGAUGGGGCGGAGCCGGAUGGGGUGGCCGGAUCCCUGCGAACGAGUCUUUGGUGGCGGAUCAGGACCUCACAGACAGGGACAAACGCAUCUUGUUUACCCUCGUUCGCUUCAAAAACUCCGGCUGCACCGUCGGUUCGAACUCCGGGACCUGCUACACAGCCAGCGAGUGCCGGAGAAUUGGCGGCACUAACAUAGGGUCGUGCGCUCGAGGCUUUGGAGUUUGUUGUUACAAGGAGAUCACGUGCGGCGGCUCCUCCUCCACCAACUGCACGUACUUGGUGAGCCCCAAUUACCCAAACACGUACAACGAGGCCCAGACGUGCACUAUGACCUUCACUAGAAACGCCAACACGUGCCAGCUGAGACUCGACUUCGAAGAGUUCAUGAGUACACAACCAGACAAUUUUGGCGUGUGCCAAGAGGAUCAGUUCACAGUCCCCGGGGAGCGGAAGUUUGCUUACCUGUGUGGAAACAAACCUUCAGAACCAUGGCACUUUUAUUUGGAUGUUAACGGAAAGCCCAACCCGACUGUUUUCAACUUUUUGACGACUGCUACAAGCUUCAACAGAAAAUUCAAAAUCAAGGUCUCCAUGAUCGAGUGCCGGGAAAAAGUUCCUUGCGGAUGUGGUCAAUACUUCACGGGCAUGACGGGCACAAUACAGAGCUUCAACUACGGCAGCGGCCCGUACCUCGCUGAGCUUGACUACGGCAUCUGCACAAGGAAAGAGAAGAAUAAGUGCACGACGACCCUCACCACCCUCGGUCCCAGCUUCACGGCCUGCCCCUUCGACCUGUACAGGAUCCCCGUCGGCCAGACCGGCGCGAGCAACCCGGUCGCGGCCUUCAACGUCCAGGCUCUUUACUGCCAGCUUUUUGCCGCAAAUAACCCGCUGAAUUUUCAGGAUCUGACAACUAUUCCGUCGCCCUUGACGAGUGUUUCUAACGGCCCUUUCAUGAUCUGGCACAUGACCAACAACGACCUGGUUCCCAACGCCUUGAUUGGCGCCCCCGAAUUGGCUGGAUUCUACCAGUCCUUCACUCACAACCCGUGCUAGUUGAAAGAGGCGGGUGGCUCGUGUUCUAGUGGUUCUGUUGGAACUUUGCAGUGAUUUAUAUUAUUUAAGUUAUAAAUAUUUAUAAACUAAA